AUUAUUUCCAUCUUCUCAGAAAAAAAUGUCGUUGAUGGAUGCUGUUGAAUCGCCAAACCUGAGCGCGCCGGUCAUCACUGGCGGCGUCUCCAACUCGUCCGGCCUCGAUCAGGACGCCCAGCAGCUCGGCCAGGAGCUCACCUGCCCCAACGUUGUCUACGGCUGCCCCUUCCGCUCACUCGCGCCGGCCAUGGACGAGCACCUCCACUUCCAUUGCGAAAAGCAGCAGCUCAAGGAGUACAUUCUCGAAAAGGAAGCAGAGGUCGUCCGCCUGCGAAACGAGCUCCACAUCAAGGAGGCAGAGCUGGGUAACCUGCGCAGCGCACUCGGCGAGCCUCGAACUGGCUCCAAGCUGCAGGAAGGUUUUGCAAAGGUCAAGACCGAGUUCAACGAGGUUGUCGAGAACAUUAAGAACUCUGAAGCGCUUGCCAUUUCCAAGCAAAAAUCCGCUCAAGCCGGCCAAAAGAUUCGUGACGCCUUUGCCAGCUUUACCGCCGCAGCAAGCAAGAGCAUUGACGAUUUCAAGGAAUCAAACACGUACAACUCGGUCGCCGAUGGCGCUCGCCGUGCCAGCAUGAAGGUCAAGGAAAGCGUUCGCCGCACCUCUGCAUCGACAUCGGAAGCUGCCACGCCAUCGACAUCGCAGGAAGCGCCCAUCCCGGACGCUGAGCAGCCACCGCAGUCUCAAUAACAACCUGCAUUGCGCUGCAUACCUCAUUUUGUUUAUUUCUUGUUGGUUGGUGCAUGUUGACUCUGUUUACACAUGAAUUGGAAAUCAAGCACUUUUGCUUUGUUGGAUUCGUGCAAUCGCCGAAUUUCGGUUGGAGGCGGGGG